GCUCAAACAUUACCAGCCAUGUUUGCAAAUCUGAAACCCAAAGGUUAGCGAUUUACGCGUUUAUUAUUUACAUCGCGUACACCCUCUUCAUCCACAUCGGUCCUUUUGCCGGGGGCCACACUCCCCGUCUCCUGUGCGGUUGGCAGGUAUCAAGAUGGAGGCAAAUAACCAUUUCAACUACGGGCCUCACUCUUCUGUGUCCGCUAACUCAGGACUGAAGCAUUCCUCAGGAGAUUCUCUCUUUACUAACGGGUCCUCCAUGAGCUUCCCCCAGCAAGGGAAAAAUCUGAAUGGCGAAAUGAAUGUGAACGGCAUCACUACUGCAGGUGGGAGCGGCCAGCCAGGCACCCACCCUCCCUCUUCCUCUUAUCCUCAUAUGAGCAGCCAUCUCCUCCCAGGCAGCAUGGGGUUUGACUAUCUGUGGGGCCAGUCUCAGUACAACCCAGCGAUGGGGCCCGUCCCGCCCCACGGGUUGCACCAGAAACCUGGCUCCCAGGGUGGGAUACAACCACAGCAGCCUCAGCUCCACUUCCAGGGCCAUGGACCGUACCAAGUCAACGGAAGUAUGGGACCGUCCCGGCAACCUCCGGGCGCUGGGCCGCAGUAUUGGGGAAGGGGAAAUCCUGGGCAGCCGCAGGGGGGAUCUUCGAUGCCCAUGGGAUAUAACUCUCACAGCAUGUAUGGGACAUUUCCCAGCCAGGGGAUCCCAGCGUCCCAGCAUCACCAGCAGCCUCUGGCCUUGCAGCACCAGUCUGCAACAGUGCAUCAUCUCCAACACCAUUCACAGCACCACCCGCCUCAACAGCAGCAUUAUGGUGUGAUGCCUAAUGGAAUGCCGUAUUACCAGCAUCCAUCGCACCAGUCCCAACCGCAGGCCCCAACUCAGUCUCAAGCACAGACUCAGAUGAUACCACCUGCCGCGCAGAGCUUUACGCCUCCACGAGGAAGCCCUCAGCACCAUCACGUGGCCAGUGGAGGAGGCAGAAGCAGUCCCCAUCACGUGCCGGUCCCAAUGAGGUCCCCUUCUGCUGUGCCUGAUAGCGGUUCGCCUAAGAGCAGAGAGAUGCAAGGUAUGUCCGCUAUGUAA